GAAGCGAUCAGCGCAGAGGAUUUGGAAGUCUUCGCCAAGGAACUGAAGCAGAAGAGGAUCACGAUGGGGUUCACGCAAGCCGAGGUGGGCCUGGCCUUGGGGGCCUUGUACGGGAAGAUGUUCAGCCAGACCACCAUUUGCCGGUUCGAGGCCAUUCAGCUCAGCUUCAAGAACAUGUGCAAACUGAAGCCCCUACUCCAGCGCUGGCUGCUGGACGCCAAGGACACCGAUAACCUCCAGGAGCUCUGUAACAUGGAACAAAUGUUGGCCCAGGUCUGCAAACGCAAGAGACGGACGAGCAUCGAGAACGUCGCCAAGGACCGGCUGGAGACCUUCUACACCCGGUGCUCCAAGCCGUCCACGCAGGAGAUCUCGCACAUCGCCGAUCAUCUCAACCUCCAGAAGGACGUGGUCCGCGUGUGGUUCUGCAAUCGCCGUCAGAAGGGCAAGCGGAUGGCUUUCCCGUUCGCGGAGGACUACGACCAGCCGGGACUAAGAGGCAAAGGAAAACGGGAAAUGAUUCAAUUCGUCGCCGUCGUCAUCAUCGGAAAAUGGUCGGAAUUUUCCACGAAGGAAAAGACGGACGUGAGGACGGACGCGAGAGGGAACCGCCUUCGAAUCCAAAACGUGUCGCGUUUUAACCACCGAGCGACCCGUGGAGUCGGAACGCGGGCACGGGGCCCCGUUAGGGCGAACAGGUACAGCCCCCGGAAGCCUGUCCCGGCAUUCCGCAAGCGCGUCGCCGCUCCCGUCGGGACGAACGGCCCCCGUAAAGUUUCCGCGCGGAAGGAAGAGUCCUGA